GAGAGCGAUGGCCGCGGGUGCCUGACGGUCGCAAUGGAGGAGCGGCUCGACAGUCUGGAUGGCUGGGUGUCGGUGCGGAGCGGGCUGUUCACCGAGCCCGAGCGCCCGCGACUCCGCUUCCUAGUGGCCUGGAACGAGGUGGAGGGAAUGUUCGCGGUGAGCUGCCACAGCCGGCCGCUACAGGCGCGGGAUGCCGAAGCUGAGGCCGAGUCCCCGUCCCCGUCCCCGUCCCCAUCUCCGGGCAGCUGGGCCGCGCUCUACUCCCCCAGGGAGCUGCUCGGCAUCCACCGGCUGCUAGUGCAGAGCUGCGCCGACCUGGAACCCUGCUUCCCGGCGCUGCCCGAACUGAGGCCGCGGAGCCUGUGGGGCCUUCUGUUCCCGGACCGCUCUCUGACCGAGGGCACCGAUCCCGGCCUCGACAUGGACACCGUCUGCUGCCAGCUCGAAGCCUAUCUGGGUUCCGCCGUCGAGCUCUGCGGCCACCGCAUUGCCCUGGAUACACUGUUCCCCGAGGCCGAGGACGACGACUACUUUGAGAGCGUCAGCGAGCUGCGGGGCCGUAGCCUGGAGCAACGGGUGGCCGGCGGGCGAGAGGCGCUGAGGAAGAUCUUGCACCAACACAGACAUGUUAAGAAUAUGGUAGCCCUUAAGAAGCUGUACCAGGAGGAAGAUGAAGCCUAUCAGGAUCUAGUCACUGCAGCCACACAGUUCUACCAGUGUUUGCUGCAGCCCUUCAGGGACAUGCGCGAGUUUGCCUCACUGUGCAAACAGGAGGCCUUGAAAUCCCUCGAGUUUGACACCCUGGGUCCAAGGAGAAUUCAGAGUCUGCAGAAAGAAGUGGAAGAGUGGUCUCGGCGCAUGCAAGAAGCAAUCUGCUCAAUUCAGGACAUAACAGUGGAUUAUUUCAGGGAGACAGUGAAAGCAUUGGCAGCCAUGCAGAAGCAAAUGGAAGAAGAUCGAAAUCGCUUUGGCAAAGCUGCCUGGGCCAGUGUGGCACCUAGACAGGAAAAACUGAAGUUCAUGUUUGCGAAGGAAACUUUGCAACACACCAGGGCAAAAGAGCUGUGCUUGAAACGCAAGAAAGCCCAGAUUCAGUACAAGAUGGAACAUCUUGACAACAAGGCAGUGGAGAUGGUGGAUGAACUAGAAAUGCAGUAUUAUGAAACACAGCUGGAGCUGUACAGCAUUCAGCUAGAAACUUUAAAGUAUGAGGAAUUGCUGGUUGUUGCCCAGCUGGACACCAUUCGACGUGAAGUCAGGGAAAAAGAGGAAGAGGUGAUUUACUAUGAUGCUUGUGAAGACCCUGAGCAGCUUCAGGCCAAUGAGGGGAUGGGCCUGGUACAUGACAGUCGGUCAGUAGAUCUUAACAAGUUGAUGCGUAAAGCUCAUCAGCUGGAGACUAAACGCGGUGCUAUUGGCUCACGGCGAUCCUACCUGAGGAAUAAGCGGGAUCAGUGUAAGGAAACUCAAAAGACAAAGCAGCAACAGUUACAAGAAGCAGAAGUUCGUUUACGACAGCACCACAGUAUUCAGCUAAAACGUGACCAGCAGAAAGAAGAAAAGAAGCGGAAGAGGGAAUGGGUAAACAUGGAGAGGCAAAAGACUUUGGAAAGGCUGCGUAACUUUAAGGAGAAAUCAUCGGGGCAGAUUGCAUUUAAACCUCGUUGUCAAGCUCGCAGAAUGCAGAGGCAAGAUGCCACGUCACCUCACGCUGGACAACCAAUGUCCAUCAUGGAUAAUUCCAUUAGUAAAAAACAAUCCAGACCCUCUAAGGCCUCCAGAAAUAUUCCAGUACAAAUCUUCUUGCCAGCUGCUGCUUCGAUAUCUCCAGGACAGAUGGAAACGAGUGAGAUCUCUUCAGUAAUGCCUCCUGUUCCCCCUCCUCCACCCCCUCCGCCGCCUCUCCCUCCACCCCCCCUUCCACCAGCUCUGCCGAGCAGCAAGAGUUCAUCAAAGGGAGAUCAGGAGCAGCCCCUCAUCUUCACCACUGAGAAUUCAGCAAAGAAAUCCCUGCAAGAAAAUAUAGGGACAAUGGAUGAUGUGCUGGCUUCAUUGAAGCGUGGCGAAGUAUUGCUUAGGAAGGUUGAUCGAACUAAGGUGCAGUAUGCAGAGAAGCCUCGGGAUCUGCGAGAAAGCUUGUUAGCCGAGAUUCGACGAGGCAUCCCACUAAGAAAGGUGCAACAAGCCCGUGAUGGAAAGUCAAGCCCUGACCCAGCCUCGGACAGUGACCCAGCUACUCAGUUAGAACGCAGCAUUAAAGCAGCUAUGAAACGGAUGAAAAAAGUGUCUUCUGACUCUGAUGAAGAUGACAGUGAAGAUGGAGAGUGGGAUGGCUGACAUACCACUUCGUCCCAGUACUUGCUCUGUGCCAUCUGCAAAUUGAGUUUUGCACUGUCUGAAUUAGCUGACAGAAUAAUGCAGUUACUGCAGAGUUGAAUGGAGUUUAGCAGAUUACAUGCCCAGCCAGUGUUUGUGCUGAAGGAUCCUGUCUGUGUACUGCUUUGCCACAGAAUCUCAGUAUAAGUAUAGUACCAAAUGUCAAUACCAAUGUCCAUUCAACGCAAGGCCACAGUCAGUGGACAGUUCAGACUGUUCUUGCAUAAAAAUAAUUUGAAUUAAGUGCCUUUAAAUUAGAAGAUUUCACCUUUACUGCAUGUGCACAAUAGAAGAGAUGGUUGUGUGUGCGUGAGCACAGGCUUGUCUGUCUGUGUGUGUGUGUGUGUGUACCUCUUAAAACUUCUUAAUAUUUUGCACAGACUAUCAAUCCCUCAAUGACUCCAUGUAUUGUUUCCCUUAUUUCCCAUUCAUUUUCUGUUGAGCUGCCUUGGUUUUAUUUGGGAGCCUGAUAGUCCCCGUUGCACUUAAGAAAAUAUUAUUUUUACAGAAAAUGUCCUGUGAAUUGAUUACUGUGCCAGCAGUUUUCCUCAUUAUAUCAUUAUUCCAUCUGUUUCAUGAUCAGAUCCAGGGGAGCUCCAGUGGAGAAGUGUAGCUGAGGGAGAAAGGCCAUGACUACGUUAAGUAGUUUACAGGUUUGCGACACUGUGCGCCUCCCUUAUCUUUGAUGUUCCAUGAUAUUCCAGAAACAUUGGUGGAUGAUUGGCACUUAAAGUGUUAAGAGCCAGGAUAGCAAAAGAACAAAGACUUAGGUUUUACAUUCUGAGGAAAAACACUUGUGUGGUGUAGGAAACAGGAUCCUGAAACAGCAGUGUGCUAAUGCCUGAGUCAACGGUGUAGUUCUGUGGUUGGUGAUUAAUGAGAUCCCCUGCUCUUGGGAUAAUGGCAUGGGGCAACCUGCGUUCAGCUCAGGUAAGCUGUGUGCGGGGUUUAGUGUCGGUGAGGGAGCACUCACAUCACGUGACUUGGAUGCAGCCAGUUGAGCCAUGGCUCUAAGAUACUGGGGAAUGAUCUUGGUGACACAAGUUUGAAAAUGUUAAACUUUAUGGGGCAUUGGCCCAGUGCAGGGUAGUGGAGCAGCAGGCUGUCAGAACUGCUCAAGUUUUAGCUAGAGAAUGUUCACCUGCAGGAAGUGAUUUGCUCACUUACUGGGACUGACCACUGUAUGUUAGCUUCUGCAAGGUGUUGCAUCUCAGGAUAGACAAUUAACUCCUGCUGACAUUUGAGGCAGUCUAUGAAGUCCAGGAUGCUUACAGAUGAUGAGCUGUUAACCUUUUACUUGCAGAAGUUAUCAUUCUGCUCCAGGUUUAAUGGAAACUGGAGCAGCUAUGGCUCUCUGCAGUUUAAUGAGAAUUCUCCCAAGCAGACACAACCAGAUGACUGUACCUAAUUGUAACACAUAGGCGAGCCUGUACCAUUUGAACCUGUGAAAAGUGGUUACCCAGAGAAAUUAAAAAGGCAACAGUUUACCGGAGUAAAAAACUGUACAGUAGUUGAGGGAGAAUUGGUUAAUAUUGCAUUAUGCUUUUUCCUCUCAGGUGUUUAAAGUUUCUUUUCAGAAUUGCUUCUGAAAAUAUUCGUAUUUAUAAUUGUACUUUGCAUAAAUGAAUGAAUGAAAAUGAUAGCUAUUAAUUUUUAAUAAUAUUGUUUUUCCUAAGUGUGACUACAGAGCACUCUGGUCACAUUCUAUUCCAAGAACCCUCCUCAUAUGCAUUUGUUUUCAUAUUGUGAGGUCUUAUUGUAUAAACACAUUCUGCAGAGGCUGGAAAUCCGGAGCAACACACACCCUUUAUCAUCAGAUGAAGGGUCAAGGUCUGAAAUAUAAACUGUUUAUUCCUCCCCAUAGAUACUGCCUGAGCUGAGUUCCUCCAGCAUUUUGAGAGUACUUAUUUCCUUUUCUAAAGCGUCCCUGCCAUGGAGUAGCAAUCACUCAUGGAAGCCACUAAUUUCUGAUUGUGUAUUGGGUGUUCUUUCUGUCUCAUCAGAAGUCAGUGCAGUAACUAGUGUUUUUAUUUUUUAAACAACUGAAACUCUGACUUCCUGACUGGAGUAGAAUGUGAUUUCUGCUCUGGUCCUGUGCCAGCUGAGGGAAUAGUUGGUUUAAAUUGCUAAGCCCACAGCUAAGGUGAGACCCUGUUGUUGCAGCUUUCGGACAAAAUGCUGCUUGUAUCAGUGAAUUGUUAAAUUGUUGAGAUCUAAAAUACUUGGGAAAAGAACCAAAGAUAAAAUGAAAGGUUUUUAUUCAGUUGUGUGCAGGAACCGGGGACUGGAAAGCAGCAUAAAUAGGAAUUUCAGACCAGAGCUGUAUAUAGAAUCAGUAAUCAUUUUGAAGAGGAUGGGGGAGAGGAGUAGGGAGUGGGACUAGUGGGAGAGUACUACGACAGGUAUGAUGGGGAAAAUGGCCUCCAGCAACACAUGACGACGCUUGCAUUGCAACAAAAGGAGGCUGUUCCACUCAGCAGAUGCCUCUUCUGCUCAGAGCCUGUAUUUGCCCUGAAUCUCACUCAACCUCCAUAAAACACCAGCAACGAGACAGCACCCAGUAGUUUUAACAUUGCCUUAAGCAAUCAGCUUAAGUUUAAACAUGAGCCCCGGUCAUGGAACCCACGUCAGAAGUUCCUUCUGACCUUUAUCUUCUUUAAUCAUAGACAUCACAAUUAAUCACUCAUAAAUUGUCUAUAUACUUAAGGACAAAAGAAACCUGGUUAAAGAGGACCUUCUCUGUUCCUUCCCUAUCUCUGGUGCUUGAAACCACUCUGAAACUGCAGGUUGGUCUAAUCCAAGCUUUAGACACUAGUGUGCAGUUUACUAACUGAAUUGCCAGCCAGUCUAAUCCAAGCUUUGGUCACUAGGGUCCAAUACCAACUGAAACUUGAGCAGAGUAUAAAACCCAGUGUCCUCGGUCUGGAAGCUUUAUGCAGGGAGGGAAGAAAUGAAGAAAUGUGAUACUUGACCAUGUUUCUGCCUCAAAACUCCAAAUUGGGUAAAGCUUCAACUUGGAUGGUAAGGCAAAAUUAAAUAAAUCUCUGCUUUUAGAUCAUGGUCAGGGAUGAAGUAUGUUGCUAGCCAAUUUGUCUUGAGGUCAUUUGUGUGGGAAUAUCUGCAGAUUAUUAAGUUCAAGGAAUGGAUUCUGAGUGUUGGGAAGCUAGUAUCACAGGGGGACAGCAGUGGUUUCACAGGUAGGCCUCCUAUCUGAGAGCCCCAGAGACUCUGGCUCAAUCCUGAUCUCUGUGUGGCGUUUGCACAUUAUUGUGAUUGUGUGAGCCCGUGGCAUGUGUUCCAUUUUCUUCCAUACCCUAAUGAUGGGUUGGUGGGUUAACGUCUGUGGUACAUUACCUUGUAGUCUAGGUAAGAACCGGAGAAGGGAGAAGUGUUGAUGGUCAGUUAUUUAGAGGUAAGCACGGCAACGGGCCUUUCCGGCCCAAUAAGCCCGCACCAUCCAGUUACACCUACGUUACCAAUUACUAGCCCAUAUGGCUUUGCAAUGUGAGAGGAAACCCACAGGGAGAAUACAAAAUCCUUGCAGGCAAUGCUGGUUUGCUAGCUCUGUAAUAGCAUUACACUAACCACUACGCUACCAUGUGUCAUGACUCUCUGUGUCAUGCAAGAAGGAAUUACUUACAGAGGUUAUAGGGAAAUAAUAUGAGAAUGAUGGAAUUGUCUUUCAGAGAAUGGAUGCUUCUCUGGUGUAGGUAUGAUCUGAUAGGUUUGCAGGCUGACUGUUCCCUCGUUCAUAUGUGUAAGUAUUGGGCACCCUGCAACCAGAGGAAUCUCAGGCUGGGAGCAAAAGGCCCUGGGCUGGUGAGCAGUAUUGGACACUGCAGGAGCAAAGUCAUCUCAGUGAAGAGAGUUCACAAUGUUCUUGGUGAGCAAUUGUUAUAAGGGGUUGUGUGCACAUAUUGUAGACCUGGUAGUUCUGCAAAGUGUGUCAUGAGGACAUGGUCAGAUUACACAUGGUUGAGAAGGAUAAAAGUCGAUUACUGAUGCUGAUUAGUUGGUAAAAUGAGCAGAAUAAUGCAAAUAGACAUUUUGUGAGUGCAAGGUGGUAACUUUCUGAGGAUUAAUGCUACUAGGACACGGACAAGAAAUGAAGGGAGCAUUGAGAAACAAAGACGCCUUGUUGGGUUCUUAAGGAUGCCUGAAAGUGGCACCACAGGUAGAUGCAGUGGUGAAGAAGACAAUGGGAGAUUGUGUUGCUUUCAUUUCCUCAGCAAUAGAAGAGCAGGAAAGUUAUGGUACAGUCUUAUAAAAUAGCAUAGUACUUUCUACAUUUCUGGCCACCAGAUUAUAAGAAGGCUGUCAUUGCGUGGAGAUUGUGCAGCAGUGAUUCGUCAGGAUAGUCAUGUGGAGAGGUUGGGUUUUCCCUGCACUGCAGGAGGCUGAUGAAAGGAUCUGCUUAUAUAAAACAGGACAGACCUGUUCAAGGGUGGGUUCAUCUCCACAGGUGUGAAGCCAAUGCCCUCCCAAGGAGGUUCAUUGGUAGUUGGGGAGGGUUUAAGGUAAAUUGGGAGGGGGUGGAAUAAGAUCCAUAAUGAUCUCAAUAUUAAUGGGGAUUGUUAAACGGUAAUGUGGGAAGGGAAUUGUGAAAUAUGCAGGAAUGUUUGAUCAAUAGACCAAGUGUCAGUGAAGAAUUAGGAGCAGUGAUGAAAGGAGUAUACCAAAAGACUAGUUAGCGGAAUGUAUUUAGUAGGGAGAUGUUGAAAUAUUAGUGAAAAUGUAUUCAAAGGAUUGAGCAGAAUUGACAUGAAUUAUGAAAAGGAAAUAUUUACAAAAUGGUGUUUUUAAGGCUGUGAUUGGUGUAAUAGGUGAGUGAUAACAAUGGAUGCAUAGAGUCAGACAUUUUGCUACAGUACGUAAAGCCCUGGUAAGACUGUGUGUGCAAUAUAGCAAAUGGGUCCAGUCUCCCAAUCUACUCGUGAUAGAUAACUGGAGCAAAGUUGUGGGUGAGGAUGGUAGUAUUUGGUGUAUGAGGGGAGACUAGACAAAGUGGGGCCCUCAGCCCUGAGUGUAGAAGAAAUUCCUUCAUCCAGAGGGUGGUGAAUCCUUGGGAACUAUCUGCCCAAGAGGGCUGUGCAUUUUCAGUCACAGAGCAUAUUGUGGACAGAGAUUGAUAAAUUUUUAGAUACCAAGGAGAUUGAGAUGAUAAGAAGUUAAUGUUGCUGGGAGCUGGGGAAUGUGAUGACAGCAGAGAUUUUUCUGAGAGUAAGCUGGGGGGAGUUUAAAAGUAAAACGUAAAAAUAGACUAUUAGUUUGUAUAAGGAGCCCAGCUGUGUCCAUACCCUCAUUACUCAGUGAGGCAGGAAGCUAAGGAGCCUGGAGUGCUUCAGGAAGGCUGAAUGACAAGGGUGUUGCAGGGCCUGUUGGAUGGUUUGAUCAGCAACAGCCCCAGUGAGUGGUUGGUGGGUCAGCUCUCCAGGGUCCAUAGGUUCCAGUUGAGGGACAACGAUUAGAGGGUUGCACCCAGUGAAAUGGAGCCCAAUGACAGCUUCCACCUUCCAUCCCUUCCCUACUGCACACAAAGACCAGGAACCCCACUGUAACCUGCUUGUUCCUGGGCCUGUUGACUUUGUUAUAUUAUCACUGACAGUGACGUUCCUGGGAGAGUGGGUGGUGACCAGAAUCAGAAGUUGAGAGAACGCUUUAAUGUCAGUGCCAGAGAUUCUCCACGGAGGAAACUUAAGAGCAAUUCUGAAAAUGUUUGUUAUAGCAACACAUUUUCCAGGAUCUGCAACAUUUCUCUUAAAGCACAACUAUUUGAAACAGUUCCUUUCUCUACUGUGCGAUCAGGAUGUGGUAUUAUAGGGUUUAUCAGCCAGGGCAUGAUCUGUUUGGACACUCAGAAUCUUCCCACUUCCCCGUUGAGACCAAAAUUGUGGAUAUCAAAUCAAUAUCUAUUCCCAUAUCUGAGGGAGUCCUGCAGGUAGAUUAACAAAUAAAAAUGAACUGCCGACUUAUCAGAUGGAUGGAGUCAUUAAAGGGUUAGUUGUAGCAGUAUCCACUGAUAUGUUAAGUAGCUUUGGAGUUGGUUCUCAUGACCCUUGUACUGCACUUUGUGCCCCAUGCAUGGAUGCAAGGUUCUGUCAUGCUAGGGUAGGUGAUUUUACUCCAGGGUUUCUCUGGAGAUGCGAAGGGAGGAGGAACGUCGACUCAGACCAUGAGAGGCCUGUGUCAGGCAUUUUCAUGCCUUACGAGGCGCAGAUUGGAAGUCUGUGUGGGGCACCACUCCUCGCACAGACACUAGAGCAAUGUGUGGGCAAGUGCCUUGCUCAAGGACACAAACACGCUGCCACAGCUGAGGCUCGAACCAGCGACCUUGAGAUCACUAGACGAACGCCUUAACCUCUUGGCCACGUGCCCAACAGGGUUCCUCCAGAGAUGGGGAAACAUGUCUAAUUUUGCAGGAUGCCUUAUCACUUCUAUCUCCUGGUAAUCUAUGACAGAGCUCAGAAUAGUGAGUUUGGUGUUGGCCAUGCCAAUGACAGGCUGUCCAACUGAGUCAAAUUAAGGCAUUGACGUUGAGCUGGGAGGACACUAAUAUUCGAUUACCCUUCCACUGAAGGUGAGAUGCACCAUUGUGACAAAAAGAGGGUGCUGUCACAGCCUGAUUUGGAACUCAUCUGUAUUUGGGAUUAACUGUUGUGGAUCUAUUGGUUAAUUAUGGUUUGCAUAUCACUGCAAGGUGCAGGUGAAUGUCACAGAUGCAGAAACUGCUCUCUAGUCCCACUGGGCUGACAGCCAGAGGCUAUUGUAAGGUUGCCAGUCGUGUGUAGUGGCUGAUACUACACAUUGAAGAUCUUGUCCAUUGUCCCUCUUGAAUCCACACUCAUUCAAGGAUCUGCUCUUCAGCCUGAGAGAUGGUUAAGGAAGUUUUAUCAUUGAUGUUUCCUCCCUGACAGCAGGGAGACACUUUUGUAAUGUCUGAGAUUCCCUAACAAGUCAUCCCCUGAUCAGAUGUGAAAGUUAGCUUGUAACUAAACAUCUCUUCAAAGUUAGAGUAAGUCUGCCAAACAAAAGUAAAAAGAUUCCCAAUCUUCGAGCACAAGCCCCACUGAGAGCAGUUAAAGCUGACACGCUGCCUCUGCUCAGUGGGAAUGCUUAUGUGCUGGAGGUGUGAUCAUGAGGAAGCAGGGUCAUGAGAGAGAAAGGUCAAUGACUACAGAGUGAACAGGAUCACAUGCUCCACAUGAAGGAGGGCAGGAAGCACUGACCCUGCCAGUCUGUGUGAGGCCUCAGCAGGGACAAACGAUUGCUUGAUCCAAAACUCAGCAUUACAGGAGUGUGAAAUAACUGGUUCAAUAUCUGGUAGACAACCAGUGAGAGGGUAAGGCAGGGAACAGUCACUGUCUGGGAAUUACCCAGGCCUCCCUGCAAAUGGACAGGUUU